AUGGGGUUAUUUCCAAGCAAACAACAGACGGAACCAGCUCCCUGUAGUCUCCUCACGGUAAAGAUCAUAAAAAUCAAGAAUCUCCGGAAGGCAGAUCUAUUAACCCAGUCUGACUGCUAUGUGACUUUAUGGCUGCCUACCGCUUCAGUGAAAAGGAUGAAGACACACACAAUCAAAGAUUCCAAGGAUCCUGUGUGGAAUGAAACUUUUCACUUUAGAAUUCAGAAUAAAGUAAAGAACAUUUUGGAACUUAAAGUCUAUGAUGAAGACAAACUUACAGAAGAUGACCAUCUCCUCACUGUUUUCUUUGAUGUAUCUAAAAUCCAACUUGGAGAAACUGUUCCCCUGUGCUUUCAGCUGAAUCCAAAGGGCAAGGAGGAACUAGACGUUGAAUUCACAAUGGAGAGCAGCCCUGAUGUUCCAGAAAGAAUUUUUACCAAUGGAGUCUUAGUGUCUCGUGAAGUUGCCUGUUUGGACGUUCAAGUGAAUGGGGGAAGAACGAGAAGGGAUUUACCAGAAAGAAAAUUUACUCUUUCAGUGGGUGGAUCCCAUGAAGAAGCUCAAAAUCUCACUUUACGUAACUGGCUUUGUCCUGCUUCUCCUGCUAAAUUUCACUAUAUCAAAUACAUCCAAUCAGACCUUGACAUUGAACUUCCAAGAAGGCAGUUCUGUGUUUCCAGAGAAAGGAAUGAAUCAGUAACUGUUCCCCUGAACUCACUUCCGAUAAAUGAGAAAGUGACGAUAGCUCCGGACAAAAUAUUUGAUUUGAGCGUAAAGGCAAAGGAUUGGACCCAGGGACUGUUGUUUCAAAGGCCAAAAGUUCUUGAUGUGCGCCUAGGAUAUGGUCUGUGCUCAGAUGAAAUGAAUUUCCUGCAGAAACGAAAGAAAGUCGUUGCUGCUGCUCUGAAAAGUAUUCUUCCUUUGGGGCAAGGCCUGAAUGACCAUGAAGUCCCAGUGGUUGCUGUGACAACAACAGGGACUGGUAUAAGAGCAUUAACGGCUCUUUACGGCACCCUUUGGGGCCUCCAGAGAAUGAAGCUUUUGGACUGUAUUUCAUAUAUAACUGGGUCAUCUGGAACCACAUGGACCAUGACAGAUUUGUAUGAAGACAGUAACUGGUCAAAUAAAGAUCUUGGGGAAAUCAUUAUGCAAGCUCGGAAGCAAGCAGCCAAAUCUAAGAUGAAAGCCUUUUCCUUGGAAAGUCUGAAGACCUACCAUAAGGAGCUGUGUCAGCGAACCAUCGCAGGAUAUAAGACUUCUUUUAUAGAUCUUUGGGGACUCAUGAUUGAAGCCAUGCUACAUGAAGGGAAUAAUAAUCAUAAACUCUCAGAGCAACGACGGGCAGUGAACAAAGGUCAGAACCCCCUGCCAAUCUACCUGGCACUCAACGUGAAAGACAACAUCACCACAAAAGAUUUUAGAGAGUGGGUAGAAUUCACACCUUAUGAAGUAGGAUUUCCGAAAUAUGGAGCCUUUGUUCCUGCUGAACAUUUUGGAAGCGAGUUUUUCAUGGGGCACAUGAUGAAGAAACUCCCAGAAUCAAGGAUCUGUUUUAUGCAAGGAAUGUGGAGUAGUGUAUUUUCCAAGAAUCUAUUAGAUGCCUGGCACACGGCAGACAAUUCAGAAGAUUUCUGGAACAGGUGGACCCAAGAUACUAUCACAGAGAUUGACGAAGUGCCUGAUUUACCGGAGAGACCCCAUGAGAUGCCAACUCGCAUGUUCACUCCUGCAGGAGGUCUUUCUAAUGCACUACGGGAUAUUUUAACAGAUCGUCCAGCAGUGUCCAAGUAUCACAAUUUUUUAAAAGGGCUCCAAAUGCAUGAUGAAUAUGUGCAGCAUCAACAAUUUACUAAAUGGAAAGAUACAGUGCUUGAUGAAUCCCCUAAUCAACUGAAAGAUCCUACAGAACAUCUGGAACUUGUAGAUACAGCCUUCUUCUUUGAUACUAGUUGCCCUCCACUUCUCAGACCAGAGAGAAAAGUGGAUGUCAUUCUGCAUUUCAAUUAUACUGGAGGAUCACAAACCAAGCCUCUGGAACAGGCCUUCACAUAUUUCUCAGCGCAAGGAAUCCCAUUCCCCAAGAUUCUGCUAAAUGAUGAAGAAAAGAAAAGUUUAAAAGAAUGCUAUGUAUUUGAAGAGGCAAACAAUCCUGAAGCACCCAUCCUGCUUUAUUUCCCACUAGUGAAUGACACCUUCCAAAGAUAUAUUGCACCUGGCAUAGAACGUAGUGCAGCUCAAAUGCCACAGGGCAAUGUUGAUGUCUCAAGUGUCUUUUCUCCGUAUUCUACAAGACAGGUGUCACUGCAGGAGGAAGAUUUUAACAAGCUGUUAAAUCUGACUAACUAUAAUGUCCAGAAUAAUGCAAACACUAUCUUGGGUGUUUUGCACAAGGUGGUUGAACGGAAGAAACAGGUUCAAUUAUCUCAGUCAUCUUCAUAA